GCGUGGAAGCGGCGUUGGUUCGUGCUGCGCAGCGGCAGGCUGAGUGGAGAACCAGAUGUCCUGCAGUACUACAAGAACCAGCAGAGCCGCCGGCCAAUCAGAACCAUCAACCUGCACCUGUGUGAACAGGUAGACGCCGGGCUGACGUUCACCAAGAAGGAGCUGCAGAGCAGCUUCGUGUUCGACCUGCGGACGGAGGAGAGGGUCUGGUACCUGGUGUCCGAGUCCGAGGAGGACAUGAACCGCUGGGUGUCCUGCAUCUGCCUGCUGUGUGGGUUCAACCCCACUGAAGAGGUCCCAGAAAGACCCUCCGCCUCUGGCUCCGCCUCCAUCGCUGCCAUGACUCCGCCCCUCCGCAACGUCACCGGUGUAACCUCGGUAACGCGUUUAGUCCCGCCCCCCUACGACCCGGUGAGUGUGAGGAACCUGCAGCACGACGGAAACAAAGAAGAAGAAUAUCAGUGGUUAUCACAGUGUCACACCAGGCCUCCUCUGGGUUCCUCCACGUCUCUCGAACCCGACGACUUCCCUCCCCCUUCCUCCUCCUCAUCCUCUUCCUCCUCUCCCUCCCUGCUUGCUAACGGCCUCCCCCCUUCCUCCUCCUCUCCCUCUCCCUCUUCCUCUUCCUCCCCCUUCGUGACCUCUGAGCUCCAGAGACGAAAGCUUCGCUGUCACCCGUCUCCUCACCCGCGGAAACACUCUCUGGAUCUCCUCCUGCGACCCGUGGAUAUUCUCCCCCUCUGUGACUCCCUCUUUCUCCCCCAAACUCUCUCCUAUAGUGGGUAUCAGAUCCCUCGUCUCCCCUCUUUUUCCUCCCCUAACGUUGACUCUUUGACCCCGACUCCCCCUCCACGACCCCCAAAACCUCAGAGCGCCGCGGCCCAGGAAGAGAGCUCAUCUUGGGGGAGAGGGAGAGCAACACUACCCCGAGAGAGGGAGAGGAGGGAGGAAGGAGGAGAGGAGGAAGGGAGGGAGGGAGGAGGAGAGGAGACGAGGAGCAACACCAUCACUGAUCACACAGACCUGAUCUCUGGGUCUCUGUCGGACAGAGCGAGCAUGUUCGAGUUCAGCGAGAGCUUCAACAGCUACUUCAUGAAUAAAGGCCUGGUGCCUCUGGGCUCUGAAGACGAGGAUGUGGAUGAGAAUUAUGUUCCUAUGAGCGCCGCCCCCACUGAGCCUCCUGUAGCACCGAGGGCGCCUCCCCCUCCUUGCUCCGACUCCCCCCCCCUCCAGGACACUAACUACGUCCCGAUGACCCCCCUCCCCCCGUCCCUCCCUCUUUCUCCCCCUCCAGCCUCAGGUGAGCUGGCGUCUCUGGGCCGACAGGUGCCCCCCCCGGCUCACCUGGGCUUCAGAAACUCCCCCCUCUCCCCCCUCAUUCCCCCCCUCCGGAGGAACACCACAGCGGGAGGAGAGGCCGCGCCCCCCCCAAUCCACCGCAACCUGAAACCACAGCGCAGAGGAGUGAGUCAGUCUGCAGAGAGGACGGACAGCCAGUGUGCUGCAGAGCCCCGACACAGAACCAGAGUGAAGCCGGCUCCUCUGGACCUCCCUCUGCAGCAGGACUGGCAGGAAGUCCCGCCCCCCGUCCGCUCACCUGUCACUCGAACCUUCACACGAGAUCCCUCCACUCUCCCUCCACUCAGACCCCCCUCGGCUCACAGCUCCUCCCCCCCCUCCUCCGACUCUGACGAGCCCGACGAAAACUACGUCGCCAUGUCGACGACCUCCAGCCUCAGCUCCAGCACCGGAGAGACGACUCUGAGGCUGAUGCUGCACCGCUCCUCUGAGGUGGGGGUGAGCAGCAGUUCGGUUCUACGGAGAGCCGGAGGAGACAAACAGGUGGAAUAUCUCGACCUGGACCUGAACACCGGCAGAGCCUGCGCAGCCCGGCAGAAACGCUGCACGGCUGAAGGAGGAAGCGAUGAGUCUGUAUCCGGUGAGGAGCGUGCACGAGGCGGGCGUGCACGUGUGGACUACGUGGUAGUGGACCCCAAAAGGACGAAGGCCCUGAGGAGCACCAGAGAAGCAUGGCAUGAUGGGAGGAUGUCCACGGAGAAGGAGAAAUGUUAGAGAGGCACACACACACACACACACACACACACACACACACACACACACACACACACACACAUACAUACACAUACACAUACACAUACACAUACACAUACACACACACACACACACACUAGUAUUUUAACUCAAAAUUAAUAUAAUCAGAAUCAGAAUACCUUUAUUAGUCCCAGAGAGGGGAAAUGCACCAAAUACAAAAAUCCUGUUCUGCUCUGCGCUAUAGAGAGACUCUACAUUUUGGAUAAUGGAGGUCAAAUAACGUUUUUCUAUACAUGUUCCUACAUUAAUAUAUAUUUACUAGGGCUGUCAAGUUAACGCGUUAAUAACAGCACACUCAGCACGGAUAGUGCGCAACAUGAUUGCAGCGUCCAGGCAGCUCCCGUUCGAGCAUAUGCCUUGAGUUGCACAUAGCUCCAAUGAUC